AAAGAAAGCUGAUUUUCACAAAGCACCUACAUCUUUUUCUCUCUUUCUCCUCUUCUUCAACUUCUCCCCCUCUCCAUCUUAUCUAACAUGUACAUCUCUCUCUCUCUUUAAUUCAAUUAUUCUCUCUAUCUCUCUCUCUCAAUGAAAUUAUUGUCUGGCCUUACCCCCUUGUAUGAAUAAAGCUGCAACAAAAUAACUCUCGUUUCAAUAGCUCUGUGUACAACAACUUAGUGGGCGAGAUUUGAUUGAUUCGAUUGAUUUGUUUUCUCCUCCUAAUCAAUUCUAUAUAUUCUUAUUUGUUUUUCAAGAAACUCAUCAUUUGUUAGCUUCUCUUUAUUCCAAUCCCAUGUUGGACAAUAAUAACGCGACGGCCUCAGCUGGUCCUUCUUCUUCCUCUGAUGCUUUCACCAACUCCUCUGAGAAUGGGGGCUCCAACAAAAGAAAAAGAAGACCAGCUGGUACUCCAGAUCCGGAUGCUGAGGUUGUAUCACUCUCACCCAAGACAUUACUUGAAUCAGACAGGUAUGUGUGUGAGAUCUGUAACCAAGGGUUUCAGAGAGAUCAGAAUCUCCAGAUGCAUCGCCGGAGACACAAGGUACCUUGGAAGCUACUCAAGCGAGAGUCGCCGGAGGUGCGAAAACGGGUGUUUGUCUGUCCCGAACCGACUUGUCUGCACCAUGAUCCCUGCCAUGCUUUGGGUGAUCUCGUGGGGAUCAAGAAGCACUUUCGGAGAAAACACAGUAAUAACAAACAAUGGGUUUGUGAGAAAUGCUCUAAAGGCUAUGCUGUUCAGUCGGAUUACAAGGCACAUCUCAAGACUUGCGGCACUCGAGGCCAUUCCUGCGACUGCGGUCGCGUCUUCUCCAGGGUUGAGAGUUUCAUUGAGCACCAAGACGCUUGUACUAUUCGUCGAGUCCAGCCGAGUCAUUUACAAGUAAUGUUGCAGCAUCAGCAGCAGGCCUGCUCUUCUCGUACAGCUUCAAGUGCGAGCCCGUCUAGCGAAAACAACUUGAGCAACAUAUCGAAAUUGCUUAGAUCAUUUCCCAUGCCGACGCCUCCUCCUCCUCACCAGCAGCAACCUCAAUCGGAUCGCGAUCACACGAGGAAUUUCCCUCCAUACCAUGAUCGCGAUCAUCUGCAUCGUCAACACUUGGAGCUACAAUUAUUACCAAUGUCAUCACACGCUACAAAUAAUCAUCAGUCGUCCAACCAGACUCGCGAUGAGAAUCAUGCGACUCAACUGAAACUGUCAAUCGGGAGCAAUGAUCUUGAUGGCAGUGCGUUAGGUUUGAGCACGGAGGAGCACUUAAAGAUGGCCAAGAAGGAAAAGGCAUUCGCCGAAGAAGCAAGAAAGCAAGCGAAGAGACAGAUUGAAUUGGCCGAAAUGGAGUUCGCAAAUGCAAAGAGAAUUCGACAACAAGCACAGGCUGAGUUCGAGAAAGCUCAGGACUUGAAAGAACAAGCAACAAGAAAGAUGAGCUCCACAAUGCUGGAAAUUACUUGUCAUGCUUGUAAGCAACGAUUUCACACGACAAAAACAACAGGAGGUGCUAUGUAUUCAUCUGUUGCUGAUGAGACUUCACUUGGGAUAAGCUACAUGUCAAAUUCAGCUAUAACUGAAGGAGAAGGAGAGUAGCUAAUACCUAGCUUCUCUAUUUUAUUAAUGAUAAAAUAUACAAAUGUUUGUCAUUAUCUUUAUGGCUUUUUGGUUUAUAUGUAUGUCAUUAGGGAUUCUUGUAUGCAGUUCUUGAUUGCUGGGGUGUUUUCAUAUUGUGAGGUCCUUCUAUAAAAUCUUUUGUGUUCCAUUUUU